AUGCAACAGCAAGAAUUAUAUGCAUUUAAACGUGACCGUUUUAUCAACAACGCUAUUUCAGAACUCGAGGACGCUAAUCGCAGUCCGAUAGAUGGUUAUCAAGAUCUACCUCUUAUGCCAUUAGAACAAGCUACAGAAACAAUCGUUCCACUCGUCUCUAAUCUAAGGAAUUAUGUUGCUCAAGCUAAACAAAAAUGUAAUCAAGACUCCAAAAUUCUCACUUGGGAUGAAUCUGCAGCAAUCUAUCUUUACACAAUGCCGACAUGUUUUUUCUCUCAUUUAAAUAAAGCUCUACGUGAUGAGAAUCGACAUGCAUUGAAACCGUGGUUUGCCUUCUUAAAAUUGAUUAUGCAUGCGCUCGAACAGUUACCUUCAGUUGAAACUAACGUAUGGCGAGGUAUCUCGACUGAUACUGACUCGAAUCUUCGUCAGAAUGACACUCGUAGAUGGUGGAGUUUAAAUUCAUGUUCAACGGAUCUAAAAGUUGUAAAGUUAUACUUAGGCGACAAAGGUACGCUGUUUGCUAUUAGAUCACACUAUGGUAAAGAUAUUUCUCUCUUUUCGGCAAUCGAAAGUGAGCAUGAAGUUGUGCUGAUGCCAGGAACUCGUCUUCAUGUCAAGAGUGAUGUACUCAACUUUGAAGAUCGUCACUUUAUUAUUUAUUUAGAAGAAAUACAACAGUUCAUGCAAACAGUAUCUGAAAGUAUUUUUGUCCAACAGCCAUCCAAAUCCUCACAACUGCACUUGAAUAAAGACGACGAAGCGAGAGCACAACGCAUUAUUGAUUUAUCUGCUGAACCUCAAUUAUAUCUUUCACCACUAUGGGGUUAUGAUGCAGUACCUGUAGUAUCACUGGAAGAAGCCGUUAAACCUCUCGUUUCUCUUCUACCAGCUGUUCAAAGUUACGCAUAUAUAGCCAAGCAGAAGUGUAUGAAACCUGCCGAUGAUUUAACUCAAAACGAGUCAGCCGCAAUUAUGCUCUAUACUAUGGGUUGGGAACCACUCGAUCAAUGUCUUUAUCAUGCCUUGAAUACAGUAUUAAGAUCAGAAGAUAGACAACAACUUCGACCAUGGUUUCAUUAUUUGAAAUUGCUGCUUACUGCUCUCUCUCAACUUCCGCCGAUGAUGCCUAGAACAUUGUAUCGAGGUAUAAAACUAGAUUUUAGCAACAAGUAUUCUAUGGACGACAAACUUGUAUGGUGGAGUUUUACAUCAUGCACUAAAUCAAUCAAUGUUCUAAGCUCAGAAUUAUUUCUUGGUAAAACUGGAAGUAGAACUAUGUUCGCAAUCGAAACUAAUUCAGGCAUAAAUAUUCGCAACCAUUCAUUUUUUAAGAAAGAAGAUGAAGUGCUUCUACUUCCUGCUAGAGAAUUCGAAGUUCUUGGUUGUCUCGAUCAAGGUGGUGGACUCCAUCUCAUCCAACUCAAAGAAAUUCAGCCGCCUGCUCCUCUUUUGCAACCAGUUACCAUAGAACGCACCUAUCCAGAUGGCAUGCGAUAUAAAGGACAUCUGAAAGAGAAUAAAAGACACGGCUAUGGUAUUUGCAAGUUUGCUAAUGGUGAAAAUUAUGAGGGUGAAUGGUUCAAUGAUCAAACGAAUGGACAAGGAAUUCGCCAGUUUCCGAGCGGAAAUCGAUAUGAAGGAAAUGAGAGAAAUGGUAAGCGACAUGGUUAUGGUAUCUACUAUGUUGCUAAUGGAGAGAAAUAUCAGGGCAACUGGGCUGAUGAUAAAAUGCAUGGAAGCGGAAAAUAUACAUGGCCGAACAAUACUCAGUAUGAAGGAACAUUUAAAGAUGGUAAAAAGCAUGGACAAGGUACAUUUACAUUCGCCAAUGGUCGUGUUAAACAUGGUAUUUGGAAAAAUGACCAAUUCAUUGGUUAA